CGUGACUUCCGUAUGUGUAUUUCCGGUGGUGUCUGAUCUGAUCUGGUCGUUAUUGUUAGUGUAAUGUUUGGAGUUACAUUUGUCCACAUCUGGUGUUUGGAUCGUUAACAUAAAUACAGUCAUGGCGGUGUCGUGUGUACAUCUUGAGGCUGACGCGUAUCUUGUGUGCUUGACGCAUGCCUUGUCAACCGAGAGGGAGGAAGUAAUGGGCCUGCUAAUCGGAGAGGUCGACGAGAGGAAAGUGUCCCACGUCUCUGCGGUCAUCAUGUUAAGGCGAUCGGACAAGCAGGCUGAUAGAGUGGAAAUAUCUCCAGAACAGCUGUCUGACGCUUCAACCAAAGCUGAGGACUUGGCCAAAGAGCUGCAGCGCCCAAUGAGAGUGUUGGGCUGGUAUCACUCCCACCCCCACAUCACAGUGUGGCCCUCCCAUGUUGAUGUGCGGACACAAGCAUCAUACCAGCUGAUGGACCCUGGAUUCAUCGGCCUCAUCUUCUCCGUGUUUAAUGAAGACAAAAAUACAAAGCAAAAUCGAGUUCAGGUGACCAGCUUCCAGAGUGUGAGUCGAGGAGGAGACUACGGCCCUCUGGACUAUGACAGGAUUGAGAUCCCACUCCAUGUCGUGCCAAGUACCGGCAUUGGUCGAGCUUGUCUGGAAUCCCUGGUCAAUUUACCCAAGAUCCUCAGUCUUGAAGAACAGGAAGCCUACCAGAAUACAGAACAACAUGACCUUGAUCUUCUCACCAAAAUACAUAAUGCAGCUGUGUACACCAAGUCCGAGUGCCACAUCAUGGACGUGAUGGGAGGGCCGUUGCUGCAGAGCCUGGAGAACAGGCUGGAAAUGAACAAGGUCAGGAUGGAGCAACUCAAGCAUCGGAAAGAAGAGAUAAAAAAGCGGAUGAAAGCCCUCUCCACAACAUGAUGACCUUGACCCUUGAUGUAGGACAUGUCAAGGAAAUACGAUCCAACAGCACAAAACGUCCUUGUGUAGUCAAUACUCCAUCAGUCUUUGCCAGUACAAUGUGUUCCUCCGUUACCAUGAAUAUAUACAGCUCAUAUGCAGUGAAGUCAUGACA